AUGUCAUUCAAUCAAUAUCAAAAUUAUUCUCGUAAUGUUAGACCUGAAAACAGUACAUAUGGUGAAACAAAUUACCAACGAUCAAAUGCAAGUUACGAUUAUACACGACAACAGCUGCAACUGCAGCAACAACAACCAUCUGUCAUAACUUCUUCACCAUACGUGUCAUCUUCAUCUUCAUCUUCAUCUGAUCCACGUAAUAAGAAGACCCAAAUAUACAUGGGUGAAUUAGAUCCCACUUGGACAGAAGCUACAAUUAAAUCAAUAUGGAAAUCUCUUGGGGAAGAACUAAUCAAUGUAAAAUUGAUUUGGAAUAAAAAUCUUGGUUUAAAUCAAGGUUAUUGUUUUAUUGAAUUCCCAUCCGAACAACAUGCAUCAAAUGCUUUGUUAAAAAAUGGUAUUAAUAUUCCUGAAUUCCCUAGAAAAAAGGUUAAGCUAAAUUGGACAUCAUCUUCUUCAGCAUCAUUACAAGGAUCAUCUAAUAGCGGUCAAGUACCUUCGACUAGCACGAACUAUUCCGUCUUUGUUGGAGAUUUGGCAGCUAAUGUAACAGAGGGACAAUUAUUUGAUUUGUUCAUUAGUAGAUUCCAAUCAACUUGUCAUGCUAAGAUUGUUCAUGAUCCAGUAACGAGGGCAUCUAAAUGUUAUGGGUUUGUGAAGUUUAAUGAUUUACGUGAUCAACAAAGGGCAUUAGUUGAAAUGCAAGGAAUCUUUCUUAAUGGUAGAGCAAUUAAAAUUGGUACCACGACGGGUGGUAGUGCUCAUACUAACACAGAUAAUAAUGCUCUUGCGCCCAAUAUUGCAAACAGUGGUGGUAAAAGUCGUUUCCAAGGAACUACGACGAACUCACCAUCUUCUCCAGCUAAUAUCGGUAGAGGGAAUACAAGCAAUUAUAGAUUAACAUCAUUAUCUUCACAGUUCAUUUUCCCUGUGCAACAACAACCUCCAUUAAACCACUUUACAGAUCCGAACAAUACAACUGUAUUUGUUGGAGGAUUAUCAUCGAUGGUUACAGAGGAACAACUUCGCCAUUGUUUCCAACCAUUUGGUACAAUUAUAUACGUCAAGAUACCAAUUGGUAAAGGAUGUGGAUUUGUUCAAUAUUUUGAUAGAAUUUCCGCAGAGACUGCAAUUUUAAGAAUGCAAGGGUUCCCCAUUGGGAAUUCAAGAAUUAGAUUAUCAUGGGGUCGUUCUUCAAGACAACAGGGGCAAGCUUUAGCACAACCCGUUUUACAAGAACCUAUCUAUGGAUAUGUUCCUAACCCAGAUGUUCCAAAUACUUUUAACAGUACGAACACAAGUAACAUUGAUAGAAAUAAUUAUUUGCCAGGGUUUCAAGAAUUAAGGUACUCUAAUUUACCAACGAAUGAUACAAUUUCCAAUCAUAAUAAUAGUAUAAUUGAUAAUAAUGUUACUACACAAAACGAUAUUUCAAAAAAUGGAAUUUCUGCAUAUGAUAGAUUAGAAAGGGGUAGUAAUGGUUUCACAUUCAUAUAG